AUGGCCGGGAUCCAAAGUCAGCUCGUGCUCCGCAAGAAACAAGAGCAAAUCAAGGAAAACGCCGCACUUGAAAAAGAAAUCGAAGCGGCUCUGGCACAGCUAGUGCAACUCGAACUACGAAAUGGCAAGCAGCAGAUAUUCGUCCCAGGCUCCCGAGAAUUCUGCACCGACGCCGCGGUGGAAGCUGGCUCCAAGACGGCAGCAGCCGUGCAAUGUGCCGUGGUAAUGUGGUAAUGUGCAAUCUGAAACCAGCUAAAAUGCGUGGCGUGACCUCAGAGGCCAUGGUGAUGUGUGCAUCGACACCGGCCAAAGUAGAAGUGUUGAGCCCACCUGUAGGCGCAGUUCCCGGCGAUCUGGUUCACUGCGAGGGAUACACACGGCAGCCGGAUGCUCAGCUAAAUCCUAAGAAGAUCUUCGAAACAUGUGCUCCUGACCUAAUGACCAAUGCCGAUCUGGUGGCAUGCUACAAGGGCUCAGCUCUGCAUGUUCCUGGCAAGGGCAAUGUUGUAUCUCAAUCCCUGAAAAACGUCAAUGUGAAGUAAACCAAUAAACGAACAUAUUCUGACA